AUGUGGACUGGCAUAACAUAUGAUAUUCGUGGGAAAGAGAGAUUGAAUACUGGAAAGCCAUUUAUAAUGGUCGUUAAUCAUCAGUGCCGUUCAGUAUUUGUUGAUCGGUUCAAUCACAAAAAGGCCUUACAGUCAUUAACGAAGUGUGCUGACAACAUUCUUUCGAAAAAUCUUAGUGUUGUAGUAUUCCCAGAAGGUACACGGAAUCAUGAGGGUGGAAUGCUGACGUUUAAGAAGGGAGCUUUUAACAUUGCGGUACAGGCUAAAGUUCCAGUAAUUCCUUGUGUCAUUUCAUCAUAUCGCGCAUUUUAUGAUAAAGAAGGAAAAUUUUUUAAAACUUACGGUCAUCUCGUUGUUGAAAUAAUGAGUCCUGUGUCGACAGACGAGCUAGCUUUGGAGGACGUUCCCGGAUUAACCGAAAGAAUUCGUUACGACAUGAUGAAAACUUUCGAACGUAUAAGCAGAGUAGCAGAAGAGAAACAGAAGGAACUUGAAACGAAGAAAAAUGCUUGA